AUGGAGCAGGAGUGCCCUUGCCUCUGAGGCCCAGGCCCUUCGCGAGGAUGCCAGUGUCGCCAGCAGCUCCUGGGACCAGCUGAGAUGACUGUGGCCAACAGCAAGCCGGCCAGGGCCCCUGAAGAGCAGCACGUGGAGGCGGACAUGGCGACUCGGUCCUCUGCUGGGAAUGGAGGGAUCAGGAGCCCCAUGCCACCCCGGCUGCCCCCGCACUGCUCGCUGCAGGACCUGCCUCCUGAGCUGCUGGUGGAGAUCUUCGCCUCGCUCCCUGGCACCGACCUGCUCAGCCUGGCCCAGGCCAGCGCCAAAUUCCACCGCAUCCUGCACACCGACAGCAUCUGGAGACAGCGCUGCUGGGAAGAGUAUGGCGCUUGUGAAAACUUGCAGAACCUGGAGAUGAUGGGUGUGUCUUGGCGAGAACUCUAUGAGAAGUUGCUCCACCCAUGCAGACACAUUUUGGGAUUGUGGCAGCCAGAUAACUGGCCCUGUAGAGGACUGCUGUAUGUAGCGGUGGACGGCUUAUGCAUUAUUGGUCAGACGUACCUGUCUCUCCUUGACCCCCAGGUGGAUAACUCAAUGCUGUUCAAGCCCGCGUUUAGAAUUCGCCUGACAGGGAGGAAAUCGGCCACACUGGAGUGCACGUAUGGCCGCCAAGGGCCCCACAGCUGCCACAUGCAGAUUCGGAAGGACGGGUUCUCCACCAGGUGCGACAUGAGGCAACACCACAGGACACCUGGUGGGAGCCGAGAGGAUUUCCGCGCGUGGCUGCAGGAAGAAUGGGGGCAGACGCUGGAGCACGUGUUCCAGGAGCGCAGGCUGCGGUUCAUGCUGAUGAAGCUCAUCUAUCAUCAGAAUGACAACUGUCGGAACUACCGCCGCAUCUACCUCUCCCCGAGCCACCCGGAGGACCUCAUCAGGCCAGGCCUCUUCAAAGGCAUCCACGAUGCCUACAGCCUAGUAGAGGUUGUCAUGCUCAGCUUCCAUGGGAAGCAUGCCAGGGUCACGAAGAUCAUGGGUGACCACCACGUCCCUGCUGGGCAGCAGAUGAUAGAGAUCCACCUCAGACACCGCAUCCAUGUGUCUGAUGAUAUCCUCAGCAACUUCAACAAGUACUCCCGCCUGGUCCAGGAGGUUCACGAGCAGGUGAUCCCGGAGCAGCAGCAGCAGCAAGAAGAGAGCACUGAGGAGGGCGAGGGCCAUGGCUGGCUGAGCCCUGUGUAGCCCAGUGUUGGGGAGUCCGGGGCUGCAGCUUUGGAGGAGCAGCCUGUCCAGUUUUUCCUGCCUGAGGGUGUGAACUCAAGUAACCAGAACUACCCCGGAGCCUGCAGGAUGGGUUUCUAUGGCGUGGGCAUUGUUGCCCGCUCUGGCUCCGCCUACCCCCAGCGCUUCCCUGGAACCUUCAUCCUGUUCGAUGAAGACCACUUCGGGUUCAUCUGGCUGGAACCGAAUUGCCUCAGCCUGUACAGCAGAGUCCAGGUCAACUUCCAGAAUGCGGAAGCACCAUCCCCACAGGCUUUCCAGGAAAUGCUCAAGAACAUUCAGUCCCCACCCCCUGACGGCCCCUUCCUUGCCCAGGGGCAACAGCGGGGAGAAGAGGCUUCAGAGGAAGACAGCUUGCAUGCACUCUUGGAGAUUUGA